AUUUGCCGGACGAGACGCAGGAGGUAGCAGCAUGGAAGUAGCGUACGACGGCGACGCGGUCGCGCUCCCGACCGACAUGGCCUUCCUCCAUGAGUUCAUCCUCUUCAAGGCGCAUGUGUGCAGCGAAUUUGGCCUCGCCACAUGCAGCAUGAGCUACGUUGAUGGCGACGGCGACGUGGUGACCAUCGCCAACCAAGCCGACCUCGACGAAGCCUUUGCCUACAUCCGCGAGGCCCGCAUGACGACGCUGCGCGUGGACGUCAAGGGCACCAAGGCCGAGUACGAACCGCCGGUCGCGGUGACCAAGGGCGAGAAGAAGGCGACGGUCGAAGAGGCGGUGUUUGUUUUGUUGGAGCUCAUGCACGAAUGGACGAUUGCUGCCGAUGAAGACGUGACGGUCGCGCUCAAGGUUGGCUUUUUCAACAUUUUGCUCGACGCGGGCUUUGUGGACUGCUGGAGCCGAAUGGCGGCCGACAGCGCGGGGCAGAACCACACGUACGCGGUCGCGCUCGUCCACGCGAUUUGCGCGCAGGACAUGCAGGCUGCGGAAGAGCUCUUGAUGCAGGCCGAUGACCUUGGCGCGAUGGUUAGCCAGGUCUUCCACGAGAGCCCGCAAACGGCCAAGCUCUUGGCGACGGCACUGCCGGCGCUGGUGGCCCACUUUACCAAGGUGCCCGUUGCCGUGCCUGCCGAGGCCAUGCCCUCCAAGUCGAUCGACGAGACGCUUGAGGAAGAAAAGCCAUCGCCCGCCUCGACAACGAUCCACACCCACCGCAUCUGUGACGGCUGUGGCAUGUACCCGCUCGUGGGCGUCCGACACCAGUCGCUCACGGAUCGCAACAUGGACUUUUGCAGCGCUUGCGUCGUCGUGCCACGCUACGGCGCCUACGCGCCGUUCCGGUCGAUCGAAACCGAGCUCCCGAUCCACUAUAACAUUGAGUGCGACGGCUGCAGCGCGACGCCGGUCGAGGGCAUUCGGUACAAGUCUGCGAUCGUCGACGACUUUGACUUGUGCGCGACCUGCGAGGCCUCGGGCAACUGGGCGGCAACGCACGAGCCGUUCAUCAAGAUUGUGGCGCCGGAGAAGGCACAGGCGCUCAAGAAGGCCAAGCCGGCGCCCAUUGCGGCCGUGCACACCAACAUUGUGUGCGAUGGCUGCUCCAAGCACCCGAUCGUCGGCGCCCGCUUCAAGUCGGCGGUCGUCAAGCACUUUGAUUUGUGCGACACGUGUGAAGCCACAGGCGCGUACAAUGCGUCGCACGGCCCGUUCCUCAAGAUUACCAGCGUCGACCAGACGCCGUAUGCGCUGUACGUGGCGACCGAGGCCGCGCAGCGUCACGACGCCAACGUGCAGCCGCCCGAGGCGUUUGCCGCGCGUGUCGAGCAGGACUUUUACCCGCCGCGUCGCGGGCGCCGCGGCCCCAAGCCCCACAGCCACCCGUUUGCGCCGUUUGCCUUUGGCCCGCCCGCGCCCUUUGUGCCCCGGGGCCACCGCCACGCGCCGAGCCCCGAGACGGCGCGGUCGCCGUACCUCCGCUGCCGCUUUGUCGAAGACGUGACGUUGCCAGACGGCAGUGUCGUGGUCGCGGGCCAGCCGCUCAUGAAGCAAUGGCGCCUCGAGAACAAUGGCGACCACGCGUGGCCGGCCGGCUGCCUCGUGCACAUGGUGGGCGGCGUCGGCAUGGUGGUUGACGACGUGGCAUGCAGCGUGCCGCCGCUCGGCCCCGGCGAGCAGUGCGUCUUGUCGAUGGAUUUGACGGCGCCGCAAGAGCCCGGCCGCUACGUGUGCUACUUCCGCGUGUGCAUGCCGUCGGGGUCGCGCUUUGGCCACCGUUUUUGGGUUGACAUUUCCGUGGUGCCGCCGCCGGCCGUGGCGGCCACCGUGGAGAUGGUGCCACUGGGCGAGGCGGCCGUGGCGCACGAUGACGUGCUCAAGACCAAGGCGCCCAACACGUCGGUCGUCGACACGAUGCUGAAGGACGACGUGGCCGCGCUGCCGAUGGCGACGCUGGUCGUGCACGAUACUGCCGAGGCGUCGACUAUGGACGAGGCGUCGGCCAUUGAAGAGACGGAGACCUCGGACAAGAUGGAAGCCUCGGAGGCGAUUGCGAUGGAAGCGUCGGCGACGGAGGUGGUGGACGACAUGGCCGACAGCUACGAGUAUGUGGCCGAAGCGCACGCAGACUAUGUGUAUGCAGCGCAGCUGGACGACCUUUCGCUCAUGGGCUUUGCGGACGAGGAGACGAGCCGCCGCCUCUUGGACGAGUACGAAGGCGACCUCGAGCGCGUGAUUGAGCAUCUGCUCCAAUAAGUUCUUUGUCGGCGUCGAGUACCCACUAUAUAUCUUGAAACACGUUUAUAUUUCUAGUUGA